AUGAUAUUUUUUACCGUCUUUCUUUUACUGGGCUUACCUGGUGUAGCUCGAACUUCACGAUUAGAUGCUCGUCAGAAUGGCCCAAGUGGGAACUCUUCGGUAGUCCUGCCAUUGCCAAGUCUGAGCAGCCAGAAGGAACCUCUGGCACCUUCACUGGUAGCUACUUUGUUACGGGUUACCACUCCGUCGAGCAUCACGAAGCAGGAGCGUGGCCUACAAGGUCUUGACGGUAUCGGUCCUCCGGACCCGCCACCCCCGCCCGCUCCUGGAAGUCCAACUCCUCCAGUGGAAUUAUCGCCACCGGCAGAAAAUACUGCUAAUCCAGUAGCGGCACCGACUAUUGUUGAUGUUGAAAUUGUGGUUGGCGCAACAAUACUCACUCUCGCUUCACCAACUACUCCAACUACUGUAGCUUUGCCCGAAACUCCAUCAGCCCAGCUCACGACUAUCAUUACGACAAAUUCUCGGUCGGCGGGAUUACCCUCACCGACCACUUUCCUUACCUCUAAAAUCACAUCUAGUGUUACCAGCUUGACACCGAGUGAAAACUCUAAAGCCACAGCUAUUGUGCCAAAUUCUAACACUAUUUCCUCACCUACCGGAAUAGUUACGAUGACUAGUUCUACUCCGACUCCUAGCAGUGUCAGCCCGAAUGAUAACGGAAGUGGAAGUUCAACAUCAACUAUCGUCCUUAGUACGGUUCUGAGCAUCGCAGGUGUAGUUUUGAUUGCAGUGGCGGCUUAUUUAUGCACGGGAGAUCGGCGGAGAAGAUUACCAAUGUUUAACAGAGGCAUCACCCCGAUCGGUGACGACGAGAUAGCAACGUGGAAGUCGAAUCGAUCAGCAGAGAAGGUUAAUAGGUUUACAACUCGGCCGACUCACUCGCAGAACGGAUCGACAUCAACAUCUACCAGAAGAGCCCCAAGCUUAAUCCAAUAUCAAAACGGUGCUAGGCCGUCUCUCGAAGUAAUAUCGCCUAGAUCGUUUAUCGGCGACAAGAACAGUUUUGACUUGCCGCAAAUUCCUGGGGCAGUGUUAGCACGGGCACCGAAUGCACGAUCUGGUCUGACGGACGAGGCGGUUCCUGGAGACGACCCAUUCCUACCAGCCCCGAGACGACACCCGUCAAGAUUGCAUAAACUACCGCCGAAUUCGCCUGUCAUGAACAAUCGGAAAGAAUUGCGUAGCAAUAGUCUAAGAAGUUUCUCUGAACCUUCAUGGCGGGAUAGUGCAGUAGAAACAUCGCCUCCUAGGGGCUCGAGUGAAGGCUUUGCGCGAAGCCAUCGUAUCUACUCGAAUUCACCGCUUCCGCCGCCGCCGAGACUAUCUUAUGGCGAAAACGACCAAUUUACGGGCUUAUCGCCGCCUCCGUCGCGGCGGAAUGAAAGCACAAUCGGAUUGGCUGUCGGCUGAGAAUUAUGAUCUGCUGUCUAUUUUUGACAUCCAAAUCCCAUCCCUCUACGUCCAAACCUUGGAGAUUUACCGGGGGGUGUAUCUAGACGUGCUUCGUCUGUUUCAGCCCUCGAACGUGCCUUGGGGAAUUAAGAAGGACCGGCUCGACUAUCCUUGCGCACCGCCGAAGAAA